AUGCGGAAAUUGGGCCAGGAGGCAGUCAGAUUAUUUAACCUGUCCAGUUGCUGGUUGUGCAUUGACCCUCUGGGACAUACUUCAGUGCAACCCAUUUCUGCUUCUGAUUGGGGGUCUGUUGAGUUGAUCGCUCAAGCCCACCCCACUGAUGGCUUAAAGUUUUCUGAGAAAGGAACUCUUGAAAAGCCAACUGUAUUUCGCAAGACUGAGCAGGCUAACUCUGACCGAGAAUUCGACCUCCUCCUAAGUGCCCCCUAUUUCCGGAAGCAUUUGAGGAAAAACCGAAUCCGUUUACAUUUGAAUGCUUCUCAGGGCCCAGUAUUCUCAAAGGCAACAUGGGCUUCCACAGCCCCUUCUGCUGCUUUUUGCUACCUAUCUAAUCAUUCUUCAGGAAUCCCGGUAGGGAGCCUUGACCCUGCACGAUGCAACUACACAAUCUGGAUUCGCCCUGGCGAAUCUAUGGAAGAAAAAUCAAAUUCUAUCUAUGUGUCCCUACCCUCUCCCUGGAUUCUAGGAACAAAUACAACCCAGGGUAACUCUGAUUCCCGGUACUGUUCAGGACGGCCAGCUAGAACUGGUGCCAAUCCCUGUUAUAAUGACUGGUCUCUUAUCAGUGUAAAAUCCUCUCCUGGGUCCUGUCUUAAGCUUUGGCCUGAUAAAACAGGGAAUGAAACAAUUUACUGGGAUCACUAUCGGGGAUACUUAUGGGCAGAAAAUGGGUAUGGCCCUGUCUCUGGAGGGAUAACCAACAAUCCCUGCCUAAACCCUUCCAUGGGCCUACUUCUUUCCCAGUCCCGGCUCCUGUACAAUAAUACUCCCUCAAUCUACGGUAAAGGCCCCUACACUUUAAGGGGAUCCAGAGUAACUGUCAACCAGUUCCCAGGAUCUCUAAUCUUUUCACUUACUCUGCCAAGGUCCCUGGGAAUGUUUUUCCUAUGUGGUGAUUCCCUUUAUCAAACCCUUCCUCCCCGAUGGUCGGGACUAUGCACCAUUGUCCGAGCAAUACCAGACCUCCGAUAUAUUCCAGGCACCACCCCAAUACCUGUAUCACUUCAAGACCUGAUUGUUGCUGAACCCAGCUCUCCUGCCAGACCUUUUCGUUUCCGACGUGCAAUCCCAAUCCUGCCCCUCGUAGUAGGAGGCAGCAUCCUGGCAGCUACAGGCGUAGGAACAGCAGGACUUAUCACUGCAAAUGACGUUUACAGAGAUCUGUCCCGAGAGAUGGCUGACAUGAAUGACCGGAUAGCCAAAGUGAUAGGAAAUAUGCAGAACGAACUUGGCUCUCUAGCUGGAAUGGUCUUGCAAAAUCGAAGAGCGCUUGAUGCGCUCCUUGCAGCCCAGGGGGGUGUCUGUGUCUUCCUAGAAGAGGAAUGCUGUUUUUAUGUUAACAAAUCCCAGCAAAUACAGGAUAGCAUAAAUGAUUUUCGAUCUCAUGCCACCCAGUUAAGGGAAAAAGCUGUGACAGACCAAUGGUAUGAUAUGUUUAGUUCCCUUUCCCCCAGGUUAGGUAGUUUCCUCAGAUCCCUCCUUCUUUCUGCCUCUGGGGUGCUUACUCUAUUUGCUCUAGUCCUACUAGGAAUUCGACUGGGGCUAACUUUGACUCGUAAAUGUUCAAAGAAAAUAAUGCUAUCCAUGGUUAUUUUCCCCUGGUCUUCGGGGCCUACCAUGGACAUGGAGAUUAGCUCAUCUCCCCAGUCCACAAAGGAAGGAUUUUUAGAAUUACCCUUCCAACCCCCAGAGGAGGAGUAA